AAAUGGAGCCAAUCGGAAGGAUCACGAGGAGGAACCCGACGGGCCGUGUACCGGGUGGAUCCGAGCGCGGUAGCCGGGGGUCCUCUAGGGGAUCAAGAGGAAGGGGCCGUGGAGGCCAACACCAAACCGUGAGCGAUGGCCACGUCGAGACGGAAAGUGAGACCUAUUGGUCUUAUGAAGAUUCAACCUACCGGCCGGAAACGGAGCCGGUUGAGACCCCUUAUGAAGGGGAUGAUGAUGAUGUGAGUGACGAGGAGGAAAGUGGCUCCUUGGCCAGGAUUGAAGCGCUGCUCCAACAAUACCACCGGGAGCGCGAGGAAAUAAGGGAACGUCGAAGGCGCCGUGCGGGGCAACCUUCGGGCGGGGCUCCAAGGGGUAGGAGUGUUUGUGACUCGAGAACCCAUGUAGAAGCGCAUGGGAGCCGUGGUGAUGGAGGUCCAACCAUAAGGAUCUCCAAAUACAUUAAAGAGGCGAGGGAUUUGGGGUGCAAACCGUUCGAUGGAACGGGAGACAUCUCGGUUGCCGCGCAGUGGAUCAAGAGGCUGAACGAGGCGGCUCUUGACAUGCAACUCACCCCCAAAUGGUGGGAUGGGACCAAGGGCAAGUAUGGUGGGACUGUUACUUGGGAGGAUUUUCGGCAAGAAUUCUUUUCCCAAUACUACUCCGACUUUGAGGUAAACGCCAAAGUGAGGGAGUACACUCUUUUGACCCAAGGGGGUAACAUGACGGUGAAAGAACUUGAGCAUAAGUUCAGGGACCUUGCCGACCACAUACCGGAGUAUGCUUGUGAUGAGAACCGAAUGGUGAAUCACUUUUGGGAGGCCUUGGACCUGGAGAUACGUGAUAGGGCGACUCAAUUGCCCAACAUGACUUUCAGCCAAGUGGUUGCCCAGGGGUUGAAGGGGGAAAAGCAAUGGGAGGAGAGGAAGAAGAGGGACGCCGAGGAGGCGAAGAAGAGAAAAUGGGAGAGCCAUGGCCCCCAAGGUUCUAAUAAGAAGGUGAACCAUGGGGGAGGAGGAUCAUUUAGGGCACCGGCACCGCCAUCUAGGGGAAGCUCAGGCACGGGUGGACAAAACUCGGGCUCGCAAGCCCCAAUGAUGAUUAGGUGCAGGAACUGUAACAGGAACCAUGGGGGAAAGUGUCGUGACCCUCCUCGGUGCUACCAAUGUGGAGACACGGGGCAUAUUAAGCCAAAUUGCCCUCAACUUGGUGGGAACCGAGGGGCGGGGUCUAGCGGCACUACCACGGCGAGUAGGAGCCGAACCAGAGCACCCCAAGCUAGUACGGGGCAAGGGGGAGCGAGCACGAGCAACGCGCCGUCCGUGAACCAAGGAAGGACUCAAGCUAGAGUCUACGCAAUGACCGAGGCCGAUGCUCGGGCCAACCCCGACUCCGUUGCAGUUUCAGGUAGAACUUGAAGGUUGCUGCCAUCGCCCGCUUGUUUCGGGAAGAUCAAGGAGAGAAGACGUGGUUCGUGCUUCCUCCGUUCCUGUUUUAAAAACAUUUAAAUUAAUGCUCAUGGAUAUUAUAUUUUUGAAUAAUCGUUUGGGGGCUUGUAUGCCCAUGUUUGCCAGAGUGUGGCACGAAUACUUGUAUUAAAUGUUUCCGCUGCUUUGAAUGAAUACUUUACAUUAUGUUU